CUAUCCCGGUCGACAAACAGGAGCAGAGGGCCACGAUCUCGGGGCACUGUACUGGGGUGUUUCACGCUCCUACUAUUAUUUGUUUCUCACCUUUUUUUUCUGCCCACCCUACACCUCGACGCCUCCCAACCACCCCCCUAGGCACACACCCCCACCCCCAUUUGACCAUGAGCGUUUGAAGCUUCGGCUCCGCCAAUUGUCCGUGCCCCCCUGUAUUUUUUGUAUACAGUCGCCUGCUCAGAUCGCAUGGGCCGCUGGCGCGGCCGCGAAUGCGAGUCAUCGCACGGCACCCCUUGCAUGUGACCCCCCCAGGGCGGCUCGCUUGGGGCGACCGGUUAAAUGAUGAGCGGCCGGCGCUUGUUCUUCCUUCUGCCUCGUUUCUAUUUCCUCUCGGCACCUGGUAUACUUGUGCCUCGUUCCUGGAGGCAUGGGUGGAUGGAGGCGGCCAGCCUUGCGUCGGGCGUGACGUCACGGAUCGGGCCCAAUCGGCUGGUGUCCGAAACCUGGCAGCAGUUGUUGGAGGACGCAGACGGCGCUGGUUUCUCCCAUUCUGUGGUGCGGGUUCUGGUUUAUGGGGGACUGCUAAUUGGCGCCAGAGGAAGUCCUGGAUUCAAUCCUUGGCCCAAGGCAGGUGGCUUGAGAGAUGUAUCUCAUAUCCCGGGCUGAUAUCACAACUUCUGCUCGUAUAUCGUUGCCUUUCCCCGUCAUCCACUUUUCUCCCCCUCCUCUGCACGAAUGCGGCAACGUCUUGUGGUUUAUGUCGUGGUCUGAGUCAACCUCAAAACGCUAUGGACUUCCCGGGCGAAAAGACGCCCAGGUCAGGCUGCCUACUCCUGCAGUCUACCCGCCAUGGAGGAGAUCAAGAUCUGAGCUUGCGCCUGGGCAUAUGCACGAUUCGCAAUGAAGAGUCAGCCCACCGUUUUCAGGCGCUUACUGAGGGGGCUUCGGCUUGUUUGUGGGGGCCAUCUACGGCGCUCAGCCUCGUGUGUCCUGUUCCUCCCAUCCCGCUCUGCAGCCGUAAGCCGCGAAGGAUCCAGAGGAAGGGCGUUUGGCCUCGUACAGUACAUAUUAACUCGGCGCUACCCAGGCGACCCCAUCAUCCGGCCCAGUGCAUAGGAUGCGAGCCUCGCCAUCCGAGUGCAGUCCCUCCCAGCCGCCCCGCCAGGCAGCCUUCCAUCCCAUUGAUAGCAGCCGCCUGCAUCUGGGAGUGCAUGCGUACUUGCGCUUGUGCUUUUGCUUAGUCCCACAAUAAGCACCGGUGUGCUGCACGCGGUCGGGGGGGGGG